UCAAGGGCAGCGGUCCCAGGAACACAGUCCUGGUUCCUGCUCUCCAGAGCCUCCUGGCCCACCUCCCGCCCCUCUCCGGGCCCGCUGGGUCACUCAGGUGUCUCCAAUAAACCCGCAGCUUCUCCACUUGGAGAGGGCGAAUUCUCCAGAACUCUCAGUCUCAAGUGGCACCUCGACCGGUCUGCUCUGUGUCUCCUGCCUGCCCACUGGACCUUAGACCUCGCCUGCUUCUGCCUUGGGUGGUACCCGCGGAAACGUCGUCUCCACCGUGAGCUCUUUGGGGAAGGGCGUGGAUCUGCUUCGCACAUCGCGUCCGCUGGCAGCAGGAGCGCCUAGAUCAGGGGUCGCUCCAUGGACUCGCUUCCUGCCCUUGUUAACCAUGCUGCCUUGCUCCCAGGACCACGCAGAGCCGACUGACCAGUAGUGUCCCUCAGCGCACAGGUGGGACUGCAGGUUAAAAUGGGGAACUCCGAGAGUCAGUACACAUUUCAAGGAUCUAAAAACCAUAGCAAUACUGUUACCGGUGCUAAGCCAAAGCCUUGCUCCCUGAAAAUCCGCAGCAUUCAUGCAAAAGACGACAAGUCGCUGCACGGGUGGGGUCACGGAGGCAGCGGAGCGGGUUACAAGUCCAGGUCCCUGGCCCGAAGCUGCCUUUCUCACUUUAAGAGUAACCAGCCUUACGCCUCGAGGCUCGGUGGACCCACCUGCAAAGUCUCCAAAGGCAAUGCCCACUCCAAGCACAGGACAAACGGCUCAGGAAGUGAUGUGCUGGCGACCCACCCUGCAUUCCCGCCUGAGAACGGGUUCCACCACGUUGGUCACGAGCGGGCCGAAAACCGCGUGGCCUCGAGGGACUGCAAUGGGCACCUCCUCAACUGCUACGGGAGAAACGAGAGCAUCGCCUCCACCCCGCCGCCGCCCGGUGAGGACCGAAAGAGCCCCAGGGUGCUCAUCAGGACGCUGGGGAAGCUGGACGGCUGUCUCCGGGUGGAGUUCCACAACGGCGAGGCGGGCGGCCACGGCGAGGCGGCCCCCGAGGCGGCGGGCGGCCCGGUCCGGCUGCUGCGCUACUCGCCCACCCUGGGCCCCCGCGCGCCCUCGCCGCCCAGCCCGCGCCUCUCCCCCGCGGACUCGCGCCCGCGCUCCAGCAAGGGCAGCAGCUCCCUGAGCUCCGAGUCCUCCUGGUACGACUCCCCCUGGGGCCACGCCUGCGAGGGCAGCGAGGCCGAGGGCCCCUUCCCCGCGCCCGGCGCACUGGACCCCAGCCCACCCGCCGGCUUCCCGCCCAGGGGCGCCCCGAAGCCCUUCAACCAAAGCUCUUCCCUGUCCUCCCUCCGGGAGCUCUACCCCGAGGCCCCCCUGGGGAGCCUGGCCCCCUCCGGGAUCCGGCUCUCCGACGAGUCCAUCGGCGCGCCCGCCAGCCUCAGCCACCGCGUGUCCUUCGCCUCCGACAUGGACGUGCCGUCCAGCGUGGGGCCCAGGGACCCGGGCCAGUACGCGUCCUUCACCCUGCCCUGCAGGAAGUCCAAGGCCUUGACGGAGGACCCCGCGAAGAAGGACACCCUGAAAGCCAGGAUGCGCCGCAUCAGUGACUGGACGGGGAGCCUCUCCAGAAAGAAGCGGAAACUCCAGGAGCCGAGGUCCAAGGAGGGCAGCGAGUACUUUGACAGCCGUUCAGAUGGACUGAACACAGACAUGCAGGGACCCUUCCAGGUGUCUGCCUCACUGUGGUCCGGGGGCUCAGCUCAGCUUCUGUCCCAGAGAAGCGAAUCUGCUCAUGCCAUUGGCAGCGACCCCCUCCGGCAGAACAUUUAUGAAAACUUCAUGCGCGAGUUGGAAAUAAGCAGGACCAACACGGAGAACAUAGACACGUCUACAGAAACUGCGGAGUCCAGCAGCGAGUCGCUGAGCUCCUUGGAGCAACUGGACCUGCUCUUUGAGAAGGAACAAGGGGUGGUCCGGAAAGCCGGCUGGCUCUUCUUCAAACCCUUGGUCACGCUGCAGAAGGAAAGGAAGCUGGAGCUGGUGGCUCGGCGGAAGUGGAAACAGUACUGGGUAACACUUAAAGGGUGCACGCUGCUGUUCUAUGAGACCUACGGGAAGAACUCCCUGGACCCCCGUGGCGCGCCUCGCUGUGCACUGUUCGCGGAAGACAGCAUCGUGCAGUCCGUGCCAGAACACCCCAAGAAGGAGAACGUGUUCUGCCUCAGCAACUCCUUCGGAGACGUCCACCUUUUCCAGGCCACUAGCCAGACCGACCUGGAAAACUGGAUCACUGCCAUACAUUCGGCGUGCGCAUCCCUUUUUGCAAAGAAGCGUGGCAAAGAGGACACAGUCCGGCUACUGAAGAACCAGACCAAAAACCUUGUUCAGAAGAUAGACAUGGACAGCAAAAUGAAGAAGAUGGCCGAGUUGCAGCUGUCCGUGGUCAGCGACCCGAAGAACAGGAAGGCCAUAGAAAACCAGAUUCAGCAGUGGGAGCAGAACCUGGAGAGGUUUCACAUGGAUCUGUUCAGGAUGCGCUGCUACCUGGCCAGCCUGCAAGGCGGGGAGUUGCCGAACCCCAAGAGCCUCCUAGCCGCUGCCAGCCGUCCCUCCAAGCUGGCCCUGGGCAGGCUGGGCAUCUUGUCAGUUUCCUCUUUCCAUGCCCUGGUAUGUUCUAGAGAUGACUCUGCUUUCCGGAAGAGGACACUCUUACUGACCCAGCGAGGGAGAAACAAGAAGGGCCUGUUUUCUUCAUUAAAAGGGCUGGACACACUGGCAAGGAAAGGGAAGGAGAAGAGACCUUCUAUAACUCAGGUCGAUGAACUUCUGCAUAUGUAUGGUUCCGCAGUGGAUGGCGUUUCCCGAGACAACGUGUGGGAGACCCAGGCGUACGUUCACUUCCAGGACAAUCAGGGAGUUACUGUGAUGAUCAGGCCGGAACACAGGGUAGAAGAUGUCUUGACUUUGGCAUGCAAGAUGAGGCAGUUGGAACCCAGCCACCAUGGCCUGCAACUCCGAAAACUGGUAGAUGAAAACAUCGAGUACUGUAUUCCCGCACCCCACGAAUCCAUGCAAGACCAGGUUUAUGAUGAAAUCGAAGUCUUUCCCCUCAGUGUCUAUGACGUGCGGCUCACGAAGACGGGGGGUGUGUCUGACUUCGGGUUCGCAGUGACAGCGCAGGUGGGUGAGCACCAGCGUCUCAGCCGGAUAUUCAUCAGCGACGUCCUCCCUGAUGGCUUGGCCUAUGGGGAAGGGCUGAGAAAGGGCAAUGAGAUCAUGACCUUAAAUGGGGAAGCUGUGUCUGAUCUUGACCUUAAGCAGAUGGAGGCCCUGUUUUCUGAGAAGAGUGUUGGGCUUACUCUGAUUGCCCGGCCACCAGACACAAAGGGAACCCUGUGUACUUCUUGGUCGGACAGCGACCUGUUCCAAAGGGACCAGAAGGGCCUGCUGCCUCCUCCUAACCAGUCCCAGCUUCUAGAGGAAUUCCUGGAUAACUUUAAAAAGAACACGGCAAAUGACUUCAGCAAUGUCCCUGACAUCACAACUGGCCUGAAAAGGAGUCAGACUGAUGGCACGCUGGACCAGGUGUCCCACAGGGAGAAAAUGGAGCAGACCUUCAGGAGUGCUGAGCAGAUCGCUGAGCUGUGCAGGAGUUUCAACGACACACAGACCACCAGCAUGCAAGGGCCGAGGGAGAGCCGGGACCCCCCUCCGAGGCCGCUGGCCCGCCACCUGUCUGAUGCCGAUCGCCUCCGCAAAGUCAUCCAGGAGCUGAUGGACACAGAGAAGUCCUAUGUGAAGGAUCUGAGCUGCCUUUUUGAAUUAUACCUGGAGCCGCUUCAAAAUGAGACAUUUCUGACCCAAGAUGAGAUGGAAUCGCUCUUCGGGAGUUUGCCAGAGAUGCUUGAAUUUCAAAAGGUGUUUCUGGAGACUCUGGAGGAUGGGAUAUCGGCGUCAUCUGACUUCAACAUGCUUGAAACCCCCUCGCAGUUUAGAAAACUGCUGUUUUCCCUGGGAGGCUCUUUCCUGUACUAUGCCGACCACUUCAAGCUCUACAGCGGAUUCUGUGCUAAUCAUAUUAAAGUACAGAAGGUUCUAGAGCGAGCUAAAACUGACAAGGCCUUCAAGGCCUUCCUGGAGGAGCGGAACCCCACCAAGCAGCACUCCUCCACGCUGGAGUCCUACCUCAUCAAGCCGGUGCAGCGAGUGCUCAAGUACCCUCUGCUGCUCCGGGAGCUGGUGUCGCUGACGGACCAGGACAGCGAGGAGCACUACCACCUGACAGAAGCACUGAAGGCAAUGGAAAAGGUGGCCAGCCACAUCAACGAGAUGCAGAAGCUCCAUGAGGACUACGGGGCCGUGUUCGACCAGCUGGUGGCAGAGCAGAGCGGGCCUGAGAAGGAGGUCACAGAACUGUCAAUGGGGGAGCUCCUGAUGCACUCUACGGUUUCCUGGUUGAACCCAUUUCUGUCUCUAGGAAAAGCCAGAAAGGACCUUGAGCUCACGGUGUUUGUUUUUAAGAGAGCUGUCAUAUUGGUUUAUAAAGAAAACUGCAAACUGAAAAAGAAAUUGCCCUCCAAUUCCCGGCCUGCACACAGCUCUGCUGACUUGGACCCAUUUAAGUUCCGCUGGUUGAUCCCCAUAUCCGCCCUUCAAGUCAGGCUGGGGAACACGGCAGGGACAGAGAACAAUUCCGUGUGGGAGCUGAUCCACACCAGGUCGGAGACGGAGGGGCGGCCGGAGACCGUCUUCCAGCUGUGCUGCAGUGACAGUGACAGCAAAACCAGCAUCGUCAAGGUGAUUCGAUCUAUUCUGAGGGAGAACUUCAGGCGUCACAUCAAGAGUGAAUUUCCCCUGGAGAAAAUGUGCAAGGACCGCCUGGUGCCCCUUAAGAACCGGGUUCCUGUUUCAGCCAAGUUAGCUUCAUCCAGGUCCCUGAAAGUCCUCAAGAACCCCUCCAGCGGUGAGUGGCCCGGCGAGCCCGGCAAGGGCAGCUCGCUGGACUCCGACGACGGCAGCCUGAGCAGCGGCACCCAGGGCAGCGGCUGCCCCCCGGCCGGGGGCGGGCAGGACUCCCUGAAACACCCCGACGCAGGCCUCCCGGAUUUUCCAGACGGCCUCAUCAAAGAGAGCGAUAUUCUGAGUGACGAGGACGAGGACUACCAUCAGGCCCUGAAGCAGGGCAGCCCCACCAAAGACAUCGAAAUCCAGUUCCAGAGACUGAGCAUCUCCGAGGACCCGGACCCUCACCCGGCCGAGCAACAGCCCAGCACGGACGGCCCGCCGGGGGCGCAGCAGCGCAGGCUGGUCCGGGGGCACUUCUGUGCCAUUAAACGAAAGGCAAACAGCACCAAAAGGGACAGGGGAACCCUGCUAAAGGCACAGAUGCGUCACCAGUCCCUUGACAGUCAGUCUGAGAAUGCCAACCUCGAUCUCAAUUCCGUCCUUGAGCGAGAAUUCAGCAUCCAGAGUCUGACGUCGGCCGUCAACGAGGAGUGUUUUUAUGAAGCGGAGGGCCACGAACAGUCUUAGUGGCCUCGGCCCUGAUGCGGGGUAAACUCGUCUCGCCUCCGAACUGGUGGUGAAGUGGAGAUUGCAGAAAAACGACUCAUCAUUGGGUUUUGUGCAGUAUAUAUUUUCCCACAAAAUAGUUGUAAAGAUUUAAGUUAUUUUAAUUUAUUGUGGAUCAG